UUUCUGAAACACACUCUCUCUUCACUCUGUCUCCCCGCGCUCUCUCUUCACUCUGUCUCUCUCUCCUCACUCUGUCUCGAUCGAAACUGAGGUAUAGAAAACACGAACGGAAAAAGCAAUCUCUCUCAAACACUCUCUCUCUUCACUCUGUCUUCCCUCGCUCUCUCUUCACUCUGUCUCGAUCGAAACUCAGCAGUAUGCCAAAGGUUAGGGAUUGGAGUUUGUCGUACCCCUAUUGGGAUGGAUGUGGACGCUAUCCCUAUCCGCCGAUCGAUUUUGAUCCACCUAGACCUAGGCUUGCAUCAGUUGACGAAAUGAAAGAAUGGGAUGACACUAAAUGUCCCAUUUGUAUGGAAAUUCCUCACAACACUGUUGUUCUCAAGUGUUCUUCUUAUGAUAAGGGUUGCCGUCCUUACAUGUGCAAUACCAGUUCCAGGCACUCCAACUGUCUUGACCAAUUCUGCAAGUCAUUUGAUUCUAGUCUCUCAUCAUCAAAGCUGGAAGAAAUCCCUCUUGUCGCAACCACAGCCUCCAAUUCAUCUCAAUGUGGGAACCGUUUGCAGCCAAAACUUACCUGCCCUCUUUGCCGGGGAGGAAUAUAUGGAUAUAUGGUUUCCGAGACUGCUCGAAGGUAUAUGAAUUCUAAACUAAGGAGUUGUUCUUCUGAGACUUGUGAAUUCCAGGGAACAUAUCCAGAACUCAGGAAGCAUGCUAGGGUUGAGCAUCCUACCGUUCGACCAACGGAGGUGGAUCCCUCACGACAGGGUGAUUGGGAAAGGAUGGAACAGCAAAGGGAGCUUGAAGAUGUUAUUAGCUCAAUGAAUGAAAGGUAUAGUGCUGAAAACAGUGGCGAAGACACCAUAUUGUCUGGGAGUAUGCAUGACUUGAUGUCCCUUGUCGCGUAUCAAUUGUUGACUGUUGAAGAGGGCGCUAGCUUGAUUUCUAGUUUGUGGUCUGAUCCAACUCCAAGACCUAGAAUGUCAUUGCAUGACAGGAGAUAUGAAACAGUGCACAGGGUAUCAAAUGUUACACAGACUAAUCAAUCAGCGAGAUGGAGAUCCGGUUUACCUUCAACACAUCACCACCGGAGAAUUCAUAGAGCUGGAUCGAGAAUUAAUCCGUCAUCAUCUCAUGAUCCUGAGGGCGCUAUAUUGAUGUCUAGUUUGUGGUCUGAUCCGACUCCAAGACCUAGAAUGUCAUUGCAUGACAGGAGAUAUGAAACAGUGCACAGGGUCUCAAAUGUUACUCAGACUAAUCAAUCAGCUAGAUGGAGAUCCGGUUUACCUUCAACACAUCACCACCGGAGAAUUGGAUCGAGAAUUAAUCCCUCAUCAUCACAUGAUCCUGAGGGCGCUAGAUUGAUGUCUAGUUUGUGGUCUGAUCCAACUCCAAGACCUAGAAAUGAAUAGUUUUAAAAUUUAGUGUCUCAGUGUUUGUCUAAAAAAUCCUAAGUUUGAGUAACCACAGCUGAAAGUGAUUGCAAGAAAGUGGAACCAGUUUUUGGACUUGCAUAUAUAUAUCUCUGAACAAUUUUUGUAAUUUUCUCAUUGACUGUCGUACAUGAACCUGUGGUAUAAUUUUAUUAGUUUUGUUUUUAAUCAUGAUUUAAGGAGUAGUUGCUUUGCUCAAUGUCAUAUUAUUUGGUUCCUGAAUUAUAUCAUUUGUCUAUGUUUAGCAUAAGGCAAUUUGUUCCAAUAAACAACUUAAUAAACAACUUAAUUUUUUAGUCCAUGACAAAUUUGUUAAAUUUGGUCUGUGUUCUAACUAUAUCUUUCUAAUUUGAAUGUGAAAAACUAUUGUAUUAAUAGUACUUUGACAGUCUGACUAAAAUAAAAUGGAACAAUUUGCAAAAUAUCAUGGAUAUCAUAUAUGGAGUUUGGUUACUUAUAUGAUAUGUGUUUUAAAUAUAUUGUUCUUUGGAAGACUAGUCCAUAGUGAUGUUAUAGUCUUAUAUAUCUGGAACACAAGUUUUUAUAACGUUGUUUGUAUUUUUCUACAGUGUGUGCAAAAUACUUUGAGUGCAACAUUCCUCCAAGAAAUGAUCAUAAAACACAAGCAAUUGGUCAUUGAUACCACUUGGCAAGGUGGAAGCUGCCAACUAACAUUACAACUUGAAGCAUUCUCUGUGAUGACCACCGUGAUGGAACUCGGUCUCACUGCGCCAAAACAUGUAAAUAUAGACACUAUCGUCAGGUUCGAAAGGAUUUCUCAACUUGUUCCUCGUCUCUUUGCUAAUGAAUAUUUCACCUUGAUGAUGCACAUGUAUGAAAUUUCUUUUACUUUGUAUUGGAUGCUUUUAAUUAUGUAAAUCAUAUAUGCAAUUUAUAUUUAAGAACUCAUUUAGCAUUCUUCUCACAAUUUAAGAACUGACUUAUUAUGUGCUGACCUGUUUUUAGUACACAUAUAUACUCUAUGUACUUGUUAUAAUAUCACCUUUAUUCUCUUAAGAUCUUGCUUAGGAAAUUUGAUUCCUUCACCUACGGUUUGUAUUUUAAUUUGAUUCGUUCAUGUUUGAUUUUGUUUAAAACAAUGGCAUGGAUCUGAAUUCUCUGUCUCGCCGAAAUGUCGUCGCCAUUUAACACCGCCGUCUCGUUAUCAAUAGUGAAGUUGUAACUUCACUCAUCAUUGUUUCAAACAUGGACGUCCCCGCCGUCAAAAUCAUGUAACUGUGGAAACCGAGCACAUUAACGACAACAUUAUCAGAUCAUUUGUCAACUUGAAUGCUCAUAACCAGGUGACAUCAUUCCAAAUUUCUUGGGCAAAAUUUAUCAUAAAAAUACUACACACCUAAUUUCACAUGUUAGGAGUAUAUUUGUUUCUCCACCUAUCAUGAUGAAUUAUUUACUAUCUUAAGCACUUUGCCCUUAUAUGCCUCAUGCUUGGGGGGUUGGGGGCUGUGGAACAAGAUAUAUUGCCAAUUUAAGAAGAAUGGCCGUGACAAAUGUAAGAUUAUUAUUAUCAACAAGGAAAAUACAAAUAAUAAAACAAUUCCAUGUUUUCAAAUUAAGAGGAAAUUGUCAUAACUAGAUUUAAGAAUUUGAGUGUCCGAUUAUACUCGCCACACGCAUGUUAUUUGAUUGAAUGUUGUCCAUAUCAUUUGUUUUUAUUUUCUAAUUUGAUGAAACUCCUGAGUUUAGUUACGAUUUUAUUCACGUUCUUACUUAGUAACUUAUUUGAAAUUGCAUAUAUUCAAAUCUAUAUAUUUAUUUGUUUUCAUAUAUAUAUUCAUUGACAUUUGACAAAAUAUGUCCGCUUAUAAGGAAUUAGGUAGCAUAACAUUGUUUGUGUUUUCUUAUGUAUCCAAAUUGCUUGGGGUGCAAGUGCAACACUCUCUCAAAGGGACACAAAACACAAAAUAAUUUUCCAAUCAAGAAGAAUGAAGGCAGCUAAAGUGUGGGAUCAAAAGCCAUACAAAUAUUUCAUGUAAUGAUAGCAGACAACACAUAGGCAGGACACGCCCGCUACACAUCACAUUUGCUGUUAUAGCUCCGCAAAUAUGGUGUUUCAAUUUGUUUCUUUUGGCUCGCCACCAUUGUUUCAUUCUAGCCCUGGGUUGAGAGCAAAUCGGAAGCAGCUGAUCACUCUCACUUCACAGGCAUCAUUUCUAGUAAGUGGGAAUCGAGCACGCAAACGAGAGCAUCAUCAGAUCAUUUGCUGACAUGAAUACUCAUAACCAGGCGACCUCGUUCCAAAUUUCUUUGGCAAAAUUUAUUAGAAAAAUGCUACACGCUUAAUUUCACAUGUCAAGAUUAUACUUGUUUAUCCACUGAUCAUGAUGGAUUAUUUGCUAUCCCUUACAGGCCUCAUGCUUGGGGGGCUGGGAACAUGAUAUAUUAUCAGUUUAAGAGGGAUGGCUGUGAGUGAUAUAUGACUGUCAUUAAUCAAGAAAAUUUACUCACUCUUAACAACAAUGCUUUAUCUACACCAUUUUUGUCUUAAUAAUAUAUGUAGUUUAAGGGAAAUAAGUUCUGGCUUGA